AUGGAUUGCAUUUUCAGCGUAUCUGGUUCGGCGUCGUCGUCGCACGCCGGAAGUACACCGCCUACCACAGCCCUUUCGCGCCCCGGCGAUUCUGAGCGAGCGACCCCCCCGGAGCGCCAGAUCCGCGCGUCGUUCACCGACUCGACGGUGCGCGUGUAUCAGGCGUACAGCCGCACCAUCGCCGCUCCCGCCGCGCAAUGCCACAAUUUCGCGAGCAGCCCGGGAUUCAAGCUGGGCCGGAUGACGUGGAUCAAGCCGUCCUUCUGCUGGAUGGCGUACCGCGCGGGGUACUCGUUCAAGGACGCCAAUCAGGAGCGAAUCCUGGCCGUAGAUCUAAAACGAGAAUGCUUCGACCGUAUUCUUGAAUCAGCAGUUUUAGCGCAUGAUCAGAGCGACGCAUCAGCGAACGCGGCGAGGACGGGCAACAACGACACGCAUCACCUUGCUAUCAGGGGAACCCGUCCCGACAGCAACAAUCGCAGAAAUGCGAGUCAGGUGGUGGUGCAGUGGGAUCCGGAGCGCGACGUGCUGUUGAAUCGCCUCAACUACCGCUCCAUUCAAAUCGGGCUGCGAGGCGACGUCGCGGCGGCGUACGCACGGGGGGAGUACAUCGAGCGCAUCGCUGACGUCACCGAGCUGUUUCGCGAGGUGCACCGGCUGGGCGUGCGCGAGGGGAGGGUGGAGGAAGCGGCGAGGCUGCUGCCCGCGGAAGAGGAGUACCCCGUGGCGCCAGCCGUGCGCACCGCGCUGCGCAUGGACGCUCCGCUCGCGGGGGAGGUAGUCGCUAGCUGA